AUGGCCGUCUCCGAGCUUGCUUGCAUCUACUCUGCUCUCAUUCUUCACGAUGAUGAGGAUAAAAUUAAUGCCCUCAUUAAAGCAGCAGGUGUAAAUGUUGAACCAUUCUGGUCUAGAUUAUUUGCAAAGGCCCUGAACAAUGUAAACAUUGCAAGGCUCAUCUGCACUGUAGGAGUUGGUGGACCUGCCCCAGCAGCUGGUGGUGCUGCCCCUGCUGGAGGUGCUGCUCCUGCUAGCACAGCUGCCCCAACUAAGGAGAAGAAGAAAGAGGAAGCAAAAAAAGAAGAAUCCGAGGAGUCUAAUGAUGACAUGGGCUUUGAUCUGUUUGACUAA